UUGUGGAUUUUAGUGAUAUUCUUUUUGGUUGGAUGCGGUUCUUUAGUUGGGCCUCAGGCUGUAGGGUGUUUUUCUUUUUUUUCAGUGCUACUUGGUUGUCUAGUAUUUGGUUACAGGGGAGCUGUGUGGUUAAGGCAUUUUAUUUUUUUAUCAUUUUUGGGGGGUUUAAUGGUUGUGUUUCUCUAUGCGGUUGCUUUAGCUCCGAACCCCUUGUUCAAGAGCAUUGCUCAGAAAACUGUUCGUCCCAUGAGUGUGAUUAUGUUUAUUAUCAGGGUCUCUUGUUUAAUUUUUUAUUAUGAUGGAUGAUGGUGUUAUAAAGAUGUUUUUUGCGGGGGCUAUGUGGAUGUGAGGGGGUGUUUUGGACCUGAGUUGAGGGAUAGUAGUUGGGUAGGAAGUGUAACUUUUCUAUUUUUGGCUGUUUUGUUGGCUAUCUGCAUAGUAUCGGUAACUAAGCUUUGUUGGUACAAUAAAAGGGGAGCUCUUCGCGGUAUCCGAAGUACUAUAAAGUAA